UUUUAUGACGCCAGUGUAGCGCGCUAAGCGUGCAUGCAACAAAUUUCGCACACAAAGCGGGGAAAAGGCGAAAAAGAAACUACUUUCGCAAGUUAAACGCCAAAUGAAAACUUUCAGCAGCCAAGUGUCGCCGUCACAAGUUGGAGAAGUUUCAAUUGGAAGUGGUAAUAAUAAUAAUAACAACAACAACAACCUUUAAGCAUGAAAGCAGCACAGAUUUCUGCUGAAUCUGUGGAAAAGUGCGCUGUUCUAGCGGUAGUUGCGAAAAAUGUAAAUAUGAAAAAGUUACAAAAACAAUACAACAGCAACAAAAAUGAUUAAAAAUUAAUGAAACUUAAAAGAAUUGUGUGAAAAUAAUUUUUGCAAUUACUAAUGCUUUGCUAAAAAAUACAAAUAAAUUAAAAAAAGAAUAUUAUAAAUUAAAAGUGAAAUAAAUAUAUAAAUACAACAACAACAACCGAAAAGUACCAAAUCACAGCAAUCAAAUACGUUUUGAUAGAGAAAAUAAGUGCGUCUUGUAAUGCGCCUUGGGGGCGGCUUACCAUACGACGGCGACCCCCCGACAAUGAGCGCAGCUGGUAAUGAUUAUGCAGAAUUAUGCGAUCUUGGACCCUCACGAUGGAGUUCGCGUGGCUAUUAUUAUGCACCACCCGCACAUGCGACCGCCUUACAUCCUAGUGCCGCGACCGGCCUACAACAACCGCAAUCCUCAUCCAGCGUACCGACCGGUAGUUCGGCCGGCCUCAGUGCGCAUCCGUUGCGCACACCGAGCAGUUACGAGGCGGAAGACGUUUCCUUUGGAAUGAUUAGUCCACCGCCGGGUGUGAUCGGUCCGUCGUCGGUUGGUCUUAGCGGUACGUACGGCAUCGGUUCGCGUAUUGGCAAUAGUACGAGUUCGUUACGUGGCGGCCGUUCCGGUCUUUAUUACUCACCGCCCGGCACAUCAUAUACAAUUGUGGAACGACCACAUUCGCCGCAUUACUAUUACAAUACGGCCGGUGCACCUACGAAGGGUGGCUCAUUACCGGGACGCGGUUCGUCAUAUCUAUCGUCAACAGCAUCGCCCACCAGCCAUAUGGCGGCCACAGGUGGUGGUGGCACGCUACCCAACUCAACGGCGACGAUGGGUGGGCGUGCGCACAGCAGUAUGGGCAUGGCGAAUGGCAAUAAAAAGCGUCCCAUCUCGCCGGAGCAAGUGCUGCGCAUGUUCGGUGCGACGCAAUCUUCUUCAGUUCCUACAAGCAGCUAUCACUAUAGCAACGGCACAAGAGAUCGUACUGGACGCCGCAGUCCGGCGAGUAGUCCGCCCUCGACCACGCAUCAGAUGUAUCGUGAGCGAGAUCGAGAUCGUAGCAUAACGAAUAUACAUGAAUUAACCACACGUACCAUAAACAUGUCACGCGAUCAGCAGAUCGAUCAUGGUUUUGGUAUUUGUGUUAAAGGAGGAAAAGACUCAGGAUUAGGCGUCUAUAUCUCACGCAUCGAAGAGAAUUCAGUGGCUGAGCGCGCCGGCCUGCGCCCCGGUGAUACAAUCCUAGAGGUGAAUGGCACGCCGUUCACUUCAAUAAAUCACGAGGAGGCGUUAAAAAUAUUGAAAUCAUCACGUCAAAUCAGUAUGACGGUGCGCUCACCACCGACGCUCAACUCCCACGCGCCAUUACAUGGCUUCGGUCCACCCUCGUCGCGGGAUCCCAUGUACGCAUCGAUGGCGCCACUACUGCCACAAUCGGCGGCCGGUUUACCGCCCGGAGCGACGAUGAUUGGCGGCGGUGGUCUACCAUUUCGUCAGACAUGUUCCUGGAUGGACCGACAUGGUCGUCCCGCUUCGCCACCCAUGGAGUAUGGUGGACGGCAUACGGAUCGUCGUGAGAGAAUUCGACGCGUAGAGCUGCUCAUUGAACCGGGUCAGUCGUUGGGUCUAAUGAUACGCGGCGGCGUUGAGUACGGCCUCGGCAUCUUCGUCACCGGCGUCGAUAAGGACAGUGUCGCAGAUCGUGCUGGCCUCAUGGUCGGCGACGAGAUACUCGAGGUCAAUGGUCAGUCAUUUCUUGACGUGACCCAUGACGAGGCGGUCAGUCAGCUAAAAUACCAUAAACGUAUGUCGCUUGUGAUACGUGAUGUUGGUAAAGUGCCACACUCCUGUACAUCCAUUGAGAUGGAGCCUUGGGACGCGUACAGUCCGACGGGGACGAGAGCUCGUCGAAAAGGUCAAAUAACCGCUAUGGUGGAGGAGAAAGCACGCUCGCUCCUGCCACGCCAUCAAUUCGCAAGUCUCUCGUAUUAUAUCGCCGAAUAUGCUGCGAGAGCGAUGACCAUAGAUGCCUUUGUUGCCGUCUUAUUAGAAAUGUUAGACACAUAUGAGAAACAUACGUUAGUGACGGAACUACGCGAACUUAUAUAUCCAGAGGAUCGUACGCGUUACGAUGAGCUUGUUUAUCGUAGAGAACGUGAUCCAUACAGCGUGGAGAGGCACAGGCGUAAAGGAGAAACCGCACGUGAUUUACCGGUAACCGAUGAUGACUUGGAAGUAAGCGCGGCCACCGGACGCAGUCCAUCGUCAGACUCCGGGCUGGGCAUGACAGUGUCGGACAUCAAGAAUCGGCCAGCGCAGCAAUUGCCCUAUCGCCCCAUGUCUGCCGGUCCCGUCUUGCAUCGCUCAUCCCACAAUUACCAUCAUCCAGCGUCAUAUCCACAUCCGCAUCCACCACCACAUCAUCACUCAUCGUUGCGCCAUCUGGGCGGCACGGCUGCCGCGUUGCAGCGCGAGAGGGAGCGGGAGGCGCGUUGCUUGGCCGCCGCCGCUGCGGCCAAUACAAAAACGGGCGGCGCGCAACAGCAGCAGCUACAAAAACAGCAACAUUCACAGCAUGCAACCACAUCAUCAUCAUCGUCGUUGGCAACAAAUAAUCAAUCAAUCUGUAAAACAUAUGCCACGGGCGUUAAUAACAACAACAAAACUGACAAUCAGCAUCAGGAAUACGGCUGUGAUGACCAUAGGUCCCGUAGAGGCAGUGAAACUCAAAUACCACACUCGGAAUACGAACAAGAUGCGGAACAGGUAAGUUUGUCCACAUAGCUUAGUCCAUCCCGUUUCCUACGCUCUAAGUUCUAUGCCUAUUUUAACUCAACUAAAACAACUCAAUAAUACUAACGAAAAGGCGUUGAAACACACAGAAAAAAACAGCAAAAACAUGUAUGCAUAGGCUGCUGGACUUUUUGAAAAAAUCGGUGUUUUCAUAGGCAAAGCAGGGAUCAAGGCAAAUGCAUUACAGUAAAAUGCUUUGCUCAGUGAGUGAAAAUGUGCCAUAACCGAAACAGAAAAACACACAACAACGCACCUGAACCAUUUAUCAAACAAAGUACACACGGCGCAAGCCGCAUGAUCAAGUCAUAUGUUUAGUGUUUUAGUGGAGCGUGUCGAGUUGCGAAAGUUUUAGUUUAGAAGUACACAAAUCAAGCAGUAACAGUGCUAGUGCAGUGCAGUUAGUAUGCGGUAACUAGGCAUUUAGACACCCAGUGUUGUAUGUAAACAUAUAUUUUCGGUUAAUUUUUUACUUUUAUGAAUUUAUGUAGUAAUCUUAACCGUAUUAUAACGGUUAGCGCGCAUAGUAAAGGUAGACUUAUCAGUAAUAUAACGGUUAGCGCGCAUAAUUAGUUAAGCAACUUACCAUUAUUAGUUAGAAAUGUACAUACAUAUAUAUAAAACUUGAUUAAAAUAUAUUUAGUUAGCAGCUGUUGUUGUUUUAAAUGAGUAUUUCGUCAGCUAAAAUGCAAAAUAACAUAACAUCACUUUUCAUAUGUUUGAAGGUGAAGGAAAAACGAUCUAAGUACUCAAAGCGAAACGAAAUAAGAGUUUUGGUUAUAAAAUGGUUAUGUAUUGGUUAUGCAUAGGUUAUGUAUUGGUUAUGUAUUGGUUAUCAUACACUCAUAUUAAAAUAAAAUUUGAGUCUCGGUUA